UUGCAUGAUUUUUGCAUCAUUAUACUGAUGUAAAUAAACCAAUCUGUUUUUGUUUUUUUUUAAUGGGAUGUUCAUCUAUGUAAAUCUGAACAUAUUUAACUUUGCUUAAGGGUAUAUAAUUACAAGAUAGCUUAACUGUGAACUGUUUUUAUGGGAUAUUGUGUUGCCUAUCAUGCAUUUUGGUUUUUUUUGGGAAUUGGGGACAAAAUAUUUUGAAAAUUGCCUAGCAAUAAAAAAUACAAUAAGAAAAAAACUAUUGAAGACAUAAGGUGUGUUUUGAAAACUGCUACAAACAUAAAAAUAUGUAUGAAAAGCAUAGGAUACUAGAAUUUAAAACUUAUUAUACACAGACUAAACCAUUGCAAAAUUAUUUAUUCUUUGAGUUGGUAGUAUAGAUAUGAAUGAAUAUGAAAAGGGAAACAUUACUGACCAAGGUUUUGUUGGUAUUUUUUAGUUGGAAGAAUGGAGUAGUUAUAGAAUUGAGUUCAUGUAAUUGAGUUUAUAUAACACCUUAUUAUAAACUCAUAAAAGUCUUAUCAUAAACUCAUAAUUUCUAUUUAGAUAUUAUUUUAACAAAAAAUAACAAUGGCUGCCUUUCCACCUCCAAUUAAAAACCCUGAGAUUAAAUAUACAAAAUUGUUCAUCAACAAUGAGUUUGUUGAUGCAAAAGAUGGAUCAACUUUUCCAACAGAGAACCCAGCAACUGGGGAGGAGAUUUGUCAAGUUUCAGAAGCAAAAGCUGCUGAUGUAGAUGCGGCAGUAGCAGCCGCACGUAAAGCUUUUCAACCUGGAUCAGAGUGGAGGAAAAUGGAACCAAAGAAAAGAGGAGUUCUACUUAAUAAAUUGGCUGAUUUAAUGGAACGGGACUACCAAUAUUUGGCAUCCCUGGAAAGUUUGGAUGGUGGAAAAGUUUACACCCAAACAUGUGGGUUGGAUAUCAGGAUAAGUAUUGAUGGGUUGAGAUACUUUGCUGGCUGGGCGGAUAAGGACCAUGGAAAGACUAUGCCAAUGGAGAAUGGUUAUUUUGCAUACACCAGACAUGAACCAAUAGGUGUUUGUGGUGCAAUUAUUCCUUGGAAUGUACCAUUAGUUAUGUUUUGUUGGAAACUUGGGCCAUGUGUUUCUAUGGGUAAUGUUCUUGUGUUGAAACCAGCAGAACUAACACCCUUAACUGCGCUUUAUAUGGCUUCACUUAUCAAAGAAGCAGGAUUUCCACCAGGAGUGGUCAAUGUUAUACCAGGUUUUGGUAAAACAGCAGGAUCUCCUUUAUCUCGGCACAUGGAUGUAGAUAAAAUUGCCUUCACUGGUUCAACAUUGGUUGGUCGACAAAUACAGAAAGAUUCGGCCGAAACAAAUCUUAAACGUGUCACCCUUGAACUGGGAGGCAAAAGUCCAAACAUUGUAUUUGCCGAUGCUGACAUGGACUAUGCUGUGAAGAUGGCCCAUGAUUCAGUGUUUAUGAAUGCUGGGCAGAUAUGUUGCGCCGGUACACGUACUUUUGUACAUGAAGACAUAUAUGAUGAGUUUGUGAAGAGAAGUGUUGAAAGAGCAAAGCAGGGAAGGAUUGGAGAACCAAGUGAUUUGGAAGUAGAGCAUGGACCACAGAUCACCAAACUGCAGAAAGAUAAGAUCUUGAAAUAUUUAGAAGGUGGAGUAAAACAAGGAUGUAAGAUAGAAUGUGGUGGAGGGGAAGUUAAAGGAAAAGGACAUUUUGUUCAACCUACUGUCCUAACUAACCUUACUGAUGAUAUGACUGUUUCAAAAGAAGAGAUAUUUGGUCCAGUUCAACAGAUCUACAAAUUCAAAGAUGUAUCUGAAGUAUUAAAGCGAGCCAACAAUACAAAAUAUGGAUUGGCAGCUGCCGUAUUCACCAAUGAUAUUAAUAAAGCUAUGGCAAUUUCAAAUGGGGUUGAAGCUGGAACAGUUUGGGUAAACUGUUACUUCAAAAUGGAGCCUUCUUAUCCAUUUGGUGGAUAUAAAGAGUCAGGUAUUGGGCGUGAACAGGGGGAAUAUGUAUUGCAUGAAUACACGGAAGUCAAAACUGUCGUCAUGAAAAUAGAUCCAACUAAAUAAUGACUCUUCAUUCAUUUCAUUAUAUUCAAGAACAAAUGGCGAAUAUUAGAACACAAACAUGCUGAAAUUAAUCAUAACUUGCACUGUCUAAUAACAUAUUACAGAAUAUCUACUUUUUUAAAUAAAGCAUUACAAAGGUGUUGUUAAUUAAUUAUUCAAAUAUAAAACUGCAAUCUAUUCUCACAUAACAUAAUUUACCUCAUAUUACACAUAGCUUUAAUUAAGUAAUCUUACAAGUAAUUACUAUUCUGUGUAUAUUAAUCCGUGGACAAAAUAAUAAAAUUUGUGUGUUAUACCAAAAGUUGUGUUAUACUUUUAGAUAUGUAGUUAAUUAAAUGAUGAUCACUUAUUUGUCCUCAUGUGGCAGGACAACUAGAGUUUUAACACAGGUGCUCUACUGGGCAUUGUAUACAGUGGCACUUCAUUUCUAAAGCAUGCCCCCUCGGGCCCCUCCUUUAGUCAUUGCAGCAAGAUUUUUUUAAUGAAUAACUAUUGGGUGUUGUAAUUUAUGACAAAUAACUAAGUAUUAUUGAUCAGCUAUAAUGUUUAAAAGUGUAACUAAUGUUUUUACAUAAAAUUCUAUUCUACACGAUGAGGUCCUUUAGCAUGACACACUAUGGAACCCAAGAUUUAGACCAAAGUUAGGCUAUUACCCUUUUGUUUUAUCUAAUGUUACUUUGUGGGCAGUUUACACAUAGCUUUGUGAGUAUGUAUGAGUAACCUUGUUUUUCGGUUACAGAACAAAGAACUGCCCUAAAACUGAUGUUAAAGCAGCAACAGUAGAUUCUACUGCUCAUAUAAAGUAAAUAAUAUGUAGAAAAAAAAACUAUGUAAACUUUAAAAUGGC